AUGUUUUCAACAGUAAAAGGAAAGAAGAAAAAUAUUGAUUGUUGUCGUAGUAGUUUUUGUGGUAGUGGUUGUUGUUGUGGUCGUUGUAGUUGUUGUGGUUGUGGUUGUUGUAGUGGUCGUGGUUGUUGUUGUGGUUGUAGUCGUGGUUGUGGUUGUUGUAGUUGUGGUCGUUGUAGUGGUUGUGGUGGUUGUGGUCAUAGUCGUUGUAGUACUCGUGGUUGUGGUCGUUGUAACGGUCGUAGUAGUGGUCGCCGUAGUGGUCGUUACAGUGGUUGUAGAACCUAG